CUGGAUGUUCUCCUAACAAACCUCAUCAAGGGAAAUCUGCUUCCUUCUGCUCUCAUCUGGAUCACCACCAGACCAGCAGCUGCCAGUAAGAUUCCUCCUGACUGUAUCGACCGGCUGACAGAGAUACGAGGAUUCAAUGAUGCACAAAAGGAGGAGUACUUCAGAAAAAGAAUCACAGAUGAGAAUCUGGCCAAAGAAAUCAUUGAUCAUGUUAAACAAUCAAAGAGUCUUUUUUAUCAUGUGCCACAUCCCAGUCUUUUGCUGGAUUUCAGCCACUGUUCUCCAGAACAUUUUAGAGGCGAAAAGAAAUAAUGUUGUGAAAAAUAAUCAGGCUGAUGACGCCUCCAAAAAACUGCAGGAAUCAAAUACAGAAGACACUCCAAAGACUCUGACACAAAUGUACUCGCACUUUCUCCGAUUUCAGAUCCUGCAGAGCAGACGAAAGUAUGAUGGAGAAUAUGCACCAGAUGUUUCCUGGGAUAAAGAUGCCAUAUUUUCACUUGGGAAACUGGCAUUUCAUCAGCUGGAAAGAAACAAUGUGAUCUUCUAUGACACAGAUCUGAAAGAUUGUGGUAUUGAUGUCUAUAAGGCAUCAGUGUGUUCAGGCAUGUGUACCCAGAUCUUUAAGGAGGAAACAGGGAUUGUUCUUGGUACCAUGUACUGCUUCGUUCACUUGAGCAUUCAAGAGUUUAUUGCAGCCCUUUAUGCUCAUCUGUUUCUAGACAUAAAGAAUAAAUGUGUGUUUGAUCAAGACUCUAUAGAACAAGAAAACAAAAGUAAAACCAAGACUGAUUUGCACAAGACCGCAGUGGACAAGGUGCAUGCGAGUCGCACGAGAGUCCCUCGCUUCCUUCCCAGACUGUCACGCCGGUCCAAACGAAACAUGAUUGAUUUGCUCAAGACUGCAGUGGACAAGGCACUAGAGAGUGAUAAUGGACACCUGGAUCUUUUUCUUCGAUUCCUCCUUGGUUUGUCACUCCAGUCCAAUCAGCGACUCUUACAGGGUCUGUUGACACAGCAGGAUAUAAAUGACCAAAUCAAAAAGGAAAUAGUUCAGUACAUCAAGCAGAAAUUGGAAACUAAUCUGUCUCCAGAGAGAUCCAUCAAUCUGUUCUACUGUCUGAAUGAACUGAACGACCAAACUCUGGUGAAAGACAUUCAGACCCACCUUAGCAAAGGAAGUCUCUCAUCUGCUGAUCUUUCACCUGCCCAGUGGUCUGCUUUGGCCUUUGUGUUGUUGACAUUAGAGGAGGAGCUGGAGGAGUUUGAGCUUCAGAAAUUUCAGAAAUCAGACGAGUGUCUCAUUAGAUUAUUGGCAGUCAUCAAAACCUCCAAAAGAGCUCUGCUAAAUGAUUGUGGCUUAACAGACAAAAGCUGUUCAGCUCUGGCUACAGUUCUUGGAUCAGAUACCAGUCUGAAAGAGCUGAACAUGAGCAAUAAUAAUCUACAGGAUUCAGGAAUGAAGCUGCUCUGUGCUGGACUGAAAAAUAAGAAGUGUCAUUUGGAGAUACUGAGACUUUCAGACUGCAGUAUCACUGAAGAAGGUUAUAAAGCUCUGGCUUCAGCUCUGAGAUCAAACCCUUCACACCUGAUAGAGCUGGAUCUCACAGGAAAUGAUCCUGGACAAUCAGGAGUGAAGGAGCUCAGUGAUUUACUACAGGAUCCAAACUGUCAACUCAAGAUACUGAGGUGAG